CUCUAACUCCCUUUUCUGAGUUUUCUCCCUCUCUCUCUGUCUCCCUCCCAAGGUAGAGGGGGAUAAAGAAAGAGGCAGCGGCGUUGCUUUGAAGAGCCUCCGGAAGAGCGUCGUCUUCGCUUGGUUUCGCCCGAGCGGAUGGCGUGCCGGCUCUCCAAUCCCACCUUCCAUAUCGAGGCGCCGCCUGUCAGAGCAUCAUGCGGCAUGAGGUUGAAAGUUUCUCCAGGCAUAUACUGCCUGAAAUGGAGAACUUUCCAGCACAGAGCACAUAUUUCCCAUCAAUCUUUGUCCUACAAGAAAUCAACCAAAGUUGUUCAGGCUGCAGUGCGCCCCAUUUCAGCACCAUUGCUAGAAAAUGAGGAACAGAGGAAGCAGAUGUGUGAAAUGUAUGGAUUUACACAAAUUGGGGAACCACUUCCAGAUAAUAUUACUCUGAAGAAUGUCAUGGAUACCCUACCAAAAAAGGUGUUUGAAAUUGAUGACAUGAAAGCUUGGAAGUCAGUUUUGAUAUCUGUGACUGCUUAUGCAUUGGGAAUUCUUUUGCUUUCAAAAGUUCCAUGGUAUUUGCUUCCCCUGGCUUGGGCAUGGACUGGCACAGCUGCGACAGGGUUUUUUGUCAUAGGCCAUGACUGUGCUCACAAAUCCUUUUCGAGGAAUAAAUUGGUGGAAGAUAUUGUUGGAACUCUUGCCUUUUUGCCUCUGAUUUAUCCUUAUGAACCUUGGCGGUUUAAGCACGAUAGACAUCAUGCCAAGACAAACAUGUUGUCAGAAGAUACCGCUUGGCACCCUGUUUGGAGAGAGGAGCUUGACUCCUCCCCAGUUCUGAGGAAGGCAAUUAUCUUCGGUUACGGGCCAUUUAGGCCUUGGAUGUCUAUAUCUCACUGGUUAAUGUGGCACUUCGAUUUGAAAAAGUUCAGACCAGCUGAAGUUGGAAGGGUGAAAAUAAGCUUGGCAUGCGUGUUUGCAUUUAUUGCAAUUGGAUGGCCGCUGAUUGUUUAUAAGACAGGGAUCCUAGGAUGGAUCAAGUUUUGGUUCAUGCCAUGGAUGGUGUAUCACUUUUGGAUGAGUACUUUCACAAUGGUCCAUCAUACUGCUCCUCAUAUACCUUUCAAAACUUCAGAAGAGUGGAAUGCUGGUCAAGCACAACUUGGUGGCACAGUCCAUUGUAAUUAUCCUCGUUGGAUUGAGAUCCUAUGUCAUGAUAUCAAUGUGCACAUUCCACAUCAUGUUUCUUCAAGGAUACCAAGCUAUAACCUGCGGGUGGCUCAUCAAUCACUCAGAGAGAAUUGGGGCAAGUAUCUCAAUGAAGCCAAUUGGAAUUGGCGUCUAAUGAAGACAAUAAUGACUACAUGCCAUGUCUACAAUAAAGAGCAAUUUUAUGUGCCGUUUGAUGACAUCUCUCCCAAAGAAUCCCAGCCAAUAACAUUCCUUCGGAAAUUCAUGCCUGAUUACACAUGAUGUCAGAUUCCAUUGGAUGUACUUUUUAACUUCCUCAAUUUUUGCAUUAACCUGCUAGUAAUUGGUAAGCAUCCUCUACUUGUUUUCAUUAUCAAGCUUCGACAGAAUACUGCUUAUGUUAUGCUGAAAAUGUACUUCCAAAAUUUUGACUCCAUGAGCAACGAGCCAUUUGUGCAAUUUCCAAGAGAAUUAUGAAGGAAACUUUUAUCAUGGCAUGC